AUGACCGAUCGCUUUCAUGAUUAUGUUCGCGAACUACCGAUGCAAAUUGGGCGCCGAUUUUUGCCGAUAGCCCAAGUGAAUCUGCCCGUCGUCCAGCUGCCGCGGUUACGAAUUGACGAAUUAAACUAUGGGUUUGACGCGGAACGACGGGCGCAACGGGAAUAUGAGGACUCCGAGCGGCCCGUCGUUGUCUCCGACGACAGUGCGCACUCUUCGAUGAGUGACGACUCAAAGUCCAACUCUGCCUCAACCUAUUCCAACAACAACGAUUUUCUAUUUUCAAAGGUUUGCGCAUUUUUCUGGAUGGCUGAUUUUUGUUUUAGGAAGUCUUGUUGCCUUCCAAGGUCGACGCUACGCCACAGCCACUGCCGCGCAAAAAAGCACGACGAGAAGCCGGCGGCGGAGCCGAAUUUCGACGAAUUCGUCGACCGGGGCACCGACAUUUUUGAUGAGCUCGACAUGAAGACGUUAGACGAUCGAGCUGUGCUUUCUCAGGUACUCAGCCAGGCCACCCAGCCGCUCUCCAUCUCCGCUCAACCUCAAACACAACAAUCACGGGUAAUUCUCGACACCAGCGGCGUGGCCAGCUUCUCGGCGAGCAAGAUUGCCGACUCGUCGCAACGACAAGCCGCACCCGGGUGGUCAACGCCUCAAUCUUGCCCCUCAACGACACCGCCGCCGAUCCCGGGGCACUCGGCCAACCCCACGCCUCCCCCAGUCCCGAAUCGACAGAAUACAAUCACGCCGACAACACCAACAGGGGACAGCGGAAUGUCGCAGUUGCGAGCUCGUCUACUGACCAAAGGUUACAAAGAAAACAUCGUUGCCGUCGCGCUGGAGCGGCUUCCGGUGGAACGGAUGCAGUUGGUUGAGUACUACAUGAAAAGCAUGCGAACGAUGGAGAAGGUCGGCGUCGACCCGGGUGUCACGUUGAGUCAACUGGUCGCAUGUCAACUCGCAGACAAACAGAAAAUCCUCGACUACGGCGUGACGGGCGCGCAAUUGGUGCAGAUGGGGUUCACGGCGCCGCGGAGUAUAUCGGCUUUACACGCAAAGGCUGGGGACAAGGUCGCUGCACUCGAUCUGCUACUCGCCGGCCAC